AUGAUUAAGACUCUUGCUGUACUUUGCUUCGUCGGUGUGGUUUUCGCUGAUUAUGACGGAUACGGCGAAAAUAGUGGACACGAAGAUCAUCAUGUAGAUUACUAUUCCCCUCCGCAUUACAACUACGAGUACAGCGUCCACGACCCCAAGACCCACGACGUGAAGAGCCAGUACGAGACCAGGGUAGGAGACGUGGUCAAAGGCUACUACACCCUCCAGGAAGCCGACGGUACUACAAGAGAAGUCCACUACACCUCCGAUGACAAGAACGGUUUCAACGCCGAAGUGAAGAGGACUGGCAAGGCAUACCAUCCCCAGGUCUACCAACAAUAUCAUGAGUCUGAUUCCUCUGGCCACCAUUACUGA